AUGUGGGGUGCUGCCGGUGAGUGCGUCAUGCGCGUCAGCGUUCAUGGCAGUCGCCUCACCCCUGAACUUCGUCAUCUCUCUCGUGUUCUUCUACACCCUUUCCUCUUCCUUCACUCCCGCCUGGUGCACCUCCCGCUUUGCGGCUUCCUGACGCUCUCGCAACGGCAUCGACACCCCCUUCCCGCACCCCAGAUGUGCCUGCGUCUGGGCUUGUGCAGCUCCCUCUCUCUCUCUCUCUCUGUACUCCGCGUUUCUGUCACUGUCACGCAUGCCCAUCGCCUUGCAUCCCCUUCUCUUGCUCAACCUAGAGUCCGUCUAAGGUGUCUAUGCGUACAUCCACGACCACCGCGCCCCUCCCUCCCCCCUGCCUCGCCAAAGAAGGAAGAGGUGUGCGCACUCCGUCCAGAGGAGAAAGAGCCACGCGACAGCAGCGAAUUGUAUGCCAUCGGGCCACUGACGGAUCUGCGCACCUCGACCGGUUUCACACGUGCGCCGAUGCCGCUCAUACGCUGCGCUUCGCUCACUGCGGUGCUCCUACUGUUACUCCUGUGUAGCGCAGAUGGGCAAGCACGCGUCGUGGCCGUCGUCCUUGCACCGUCAGUGGAGCACGGUACUGCCACGUUGUCUGGCCAGUCGAGGCUGCGUUGGAAGCAUGCCAUCGGUAAGGGGUCUAUGUUCGGUCUACCUUCUGUGCGCAUGCAGGUGGCUGGGGAGGUGUUUGGGGACGCCGCGCCCUCUUCUCGAUCUGAAUCGGCAUCGCCGUCGACAUCUAGCACCACCUCCACCACAACAACCACCACAACGACCACCACGACGGAGGCACCACAAGCGACGACCACGACAACAGAGGCACCAACGACGACGGGCACGACAACAGAGGCACCAACGACGACGACCACGACAACAGAGGCACCAACGACAACGACCACGACAACAGAGGCACCAACGACAACGACCACGACAACAGAGGCACCAACGACAACGACCACGACAACAGAGGCACCAACGACAACGACCACGACAACAGAGGCACCAACGACAACGACCACGACAACAGAGGCACCAACGACGACGACUACGACAACAGAGCCCCCGACAGCAACAACUAGCACGACUACAACGACUACGGCCGUUCCCUCUCGCUCACCAUCUACCACCUUCUCUGCUGUUGCAUUGGCGGGUGUCAUCAUCGGAAGCAUCGCUUUCGGUAUCCUUCUCGGUGCCAGUGCUGUGUUUCUGGUCUUUGUCCGGACCUGCUCCCUGCCGUGCUGCAGGCAAAGUCCACAAGCUGACCAGGAAGAGGAUGACAAUUUGGCGGAGACACGAGAGAUGAAGUCGGAGAGCUACGGAAGCUCACAGUGGAGUAGCGAGUACGGAAACCCUGAAAGACAGGUCAAGAGUUUUGCCAAUCAGCUUCACAAGGACGGCUUGCUCUCUGUGCACGAUCACCGCAACGCCAACCCACUCGCACUUCCCUCUGCCCACAGCCCUAAGCGCGCGCCGCCGCCCGUCGCCGGUGAUCCAGCUCAUGUGAAUAACUUCAACAACCGCCCGUACGUCCAGAACGGCAUCGUGCCGUGGACGGGUCGGCCGCCGGUGCUGCGCGGUCCGCAACCUGCGUGUAUGAUUCCUACCAUCACCAAGGAAGGCAAGGUCAUCCCACGCGCGCAGCGAGUACUCCCUGGUCUCGGCCUCUUCGAGACCCCGAUCAUUCCGAUCACCCUGCCUGCACCGCCAUCGCUGCCCCCGAAAACGGGGACUGCCGCUGCCUUCACGAGAGCGAAGGAGUUCGUUCAGUCGAAGGUGCUUCGUCGCCUCCGUGGCGCCAAGUCGGCAGAAGAAGAGCAGGCAGCUGCGGAGGCAGCGAUGAAGAACCAGCCGGUCGUUCAGUGGUUUCACCACCUUGUGUACUUCACGGCGCUGAGCAGGUCCCCCGAGAUAUCCAGUCUCGACGAAUCAGAGGCCGAGGAGGGUGGUCAACAUGACGACAGAGGCACGCGUGCUGCCGACGUCACCGUUCCCGCCGCUGCUGCCGCUUCAGCUGCUUCUGGUGGAACAGCUGGGAAGCUUCCACUACCCGAAACCACUGGCACUCCCAUGCUAGCGCCUUGCGCUGCCCCGGCCACGCCAGGUGUGGCCCCGACACCUACGCAACGCGCAAACACCGAGCACCCGGCGCCGCAAGGAGUGUACGAUGCGCAGUACUACCCAUCGGCGCACUCACAGAUAACAGGGAGCUCUUCAGCAAUGAUGAUGUGCCCCCCCCUGUACAUUGUCGAUCACCCCGUACAGCCUGCGUACGGCAUGGGCGGCGGCGGCGGCGGCGGCGCGAUGCUGCGUUCUCCGGCGCCUGGCGGACAGGUAGUCUCCUGUGCAACGGCCGGGGGCGGUAGCUCUACAAGCUUUCCGUGUCCUUCGCAGCAAGCACCGUCACUGCAGAUGCAACCAUAUCAACAGCAGUUGUCCCUCUUGCCGAAGCAGGCGAUCCUCUCGCAAGCCUCGCGGUGCUUCAACCCAUACGCCUAG